CUGAAUUCAAAAGUCACGUCAAGGUUUCCGUCAACCGCGUAUUGCGAAGGUGUUUCGUUUUUGUACUGAGAUUUGAGAUGGACCGGAAAGUAGCCAAUUUUGUGCAUUCACAAGCUGUUUCUAGAGAUUACAUAUCACAGCCACGCAUAACCUAUAGAACUGUCUCCGGGGUAAAUGGGCCUCUGGUUAUACUAGAUGAUGUGAAGUUCCCAAAAUUCGAUGAGAUUGUGAGGCUGACUCUUGCUGAUGGUAGUCAGCGAACAGGACAGGUCUUAGAAGUUAGUGGUAAAAGGGCUAUCGUCCAAGUAUUCGAAGGGACCAGUGGAAUUGAUGCAAAGAACACUACUUGCGAAUUUACGGGGGAUAUCCUUCGAACACCUGUAUCGGAAGAUAUGCUGGGACGUGUAUUCAAUGGUUCUGGGAAACCGAAAGACAAAGGUCCAGCUAUCCUUGCAGAAGACUACUUAGAUAUACAAGGUCAACCUAUUAACCCGUGGUCACGCAUUUACCCUGAAGAAAUGAUUCAAACAGGCAUAUCAAGUAUUGAUGUUAUGAAUUCAAUUGCGCGAGGUCAAAAAAUCCCCAUAUUUUCUGCUUCUGGCUUGCCCCAUGAUGAAAUCGCUGCCCAAAUUUGUCGUCAAGCCGGUUUAGUCAAACUGCCAGGAAAAAGUGUUAUAGACAGUGAUGCAGACAACUUCGCCAUUGUAUUUGCGGCAAUGGGUGUUAACAUGGAGACUGCCAGGUUUUUCAUGCAAGACUUUAAAGAAAAUGGUUCAAUGGAAAAUGUUUGCCUAUUUCUAAAUUUAGCAAAUGACCCUACCAUAGAACGUAUCAUAACGCCUCGCAUCGCCCUUACGACAGCUGAAUAUUUGGCUUAUCAAUGCGAAAAACAUGUACUGGUUAUUCUUACCGACAUGAGUUCUUAUGCAGAAGCCUUACGUGAGGUAUCAGCAGCUCGCGAAGAAGUUCCAGGUCGUCGUGGUUUCCCAGGUUAUAUGUAUACUGAUUUGGCAUCGAUUUAUGAACGAGCUGGUCGUGUUGAAGGCCGGUCAGGAUCAAUCACACAGAUCCCAAUUUUAACCAUGCCUAACGAUGAUAUUACACAUCCUAUUCCAGAUUUAACCGGUUAUAUCACUGAAGGUCAAAUUUAUGUGGAUCGUCAGCUUCAUAACAGACAGAUCUACCCACCGAUUAAUGUAUUGCCAUCGCUUUCUCGUCUAAUGAAGUCUGCUAUUGGUGUUGGUAUGACUCGGGAAGAUCAUUCCGAUGUUUCUAAUCAGUUGGUAAGUUAGUUAUAAAGAAUAAGUGUUGAUAACCUCAGUUUAUUUUGUGUACUGCUGUCUGUUAUGUAAUUUUUCACGAAUACCUUAGUGUUUUUUUUUUUUACAAGAUAUUGUCAACAGUUUGACUUGUAAAAAUGUUACUAAGGUAUAUUUAUUUCAGCUAUAUGUUGAUUUAACUUGUGUUGCUUCGACAAAUGGGAAAUUGUGAUCGCAUUUGUUUCAUAAUAUGGGAAAUGUUGCUACAACUUCACUGUUAGGGCUUAGUUCCAUCACAGUGGUGCAUAUUUAAAAGAUACUAGUUGAAUGAAGCCUAUAGAGCUUAAUCUUUCAACAUUAUAGAUACGACGUAUCCGUCUUUAUCUACGCAUAUUUGUGUCAUUGAGGUUCAUUCGACAUCUCUUUGAGUUCAUGAAGAUCUGUAUUCAGUUACCAGUGUUAUAUUUUAACUCCAGCUCCUAUGACUUGGACGCCUUUUACACCUGAAAUUCAAGUGGCUUUCAUACCAGCUAAUAUUCACUGAUAGCCUAGUCUAGCUUUCAGAAAUAGAAAAGUCAUUAUUGCAGGUCUUAGAAUAUGGAUAUACUUGGUCAUCUUUGGCAUAUUUUGCUGCUUUUUAUGUAGGAUAUUAGAUCUUAUCAACCUCAUAUAACUUAUCUGUUUUCGCUAUAAUUAUUAAUAUUGGUAAUUAUAGUAAUAUUGUUUUAAUUUGAUCUUUGUCGGCAAUCUCCUGGUGUAUUUCUUACACUUAAUUGCAAAUGCAUCCGCCGGUGUAUAAGAUUUACUAAGAUGUUCAUGGGAUUCAGAGGGCAAUCGUGUUUGUUCGGAAUCGAAAACUGUUUAAUUCAUCCCUAUUUUAUGUCAUACAUGAACAUUGUAAAAAGUUACACUUACGCUUUCACUGAUACUUAGUAGUUAUAUUUUGACUGCUUAAGAUUUGGUUCCUGUUAUACUUACUUGUGCAGGAGUGCUCUUCAUCCGUUUGAAACAAAGUGGCCGUUUAUAACACUGACUUAUGAUCUGUGAGUUAAAUAUUUGAAUCUCACGUGACCUAAUUUGAUUUCUGUUGUCACGCUCCAUCAUGAGAUGUAACAAUAUGUGAAGUUCAUUGGAUUAGUAUAUGAACCCAUACUUGUUUGCUGAAUUGUAUCAUCGUUGGACCUAUUGGUUGGAUGUUAAUAUCUCACCAAUUUUGAUUAUAAUGAAAACACCCUUGUCCUAAUCAACUUUCUAAAACUUAUGGUCAUUUUGAGGGUUCUUAUUCAUCUAGCAGUAAAAGUAUACUCCAUACAGAAUCUUAAAUCACCAGUUUAAGUGUGUUUAAAGAUCACUGUGCUCUCAGAUCGAACCAGUUAUAAAACUUUGAAUGUUAAUUGUUACAGUAUCCACUAGAUCCUGGUUUUUAACACUAACACUAGAUAUAACUGCUGUUGAUUAUAACGUUUUGACUUAUAGCUGUCAAAUUCACUAGAUCUACUACGGUCUUUUAUUAUCUGUCUACCCGGCAAACAGUAGUAUCGCAGACAAUCCCAUUUCAGGUUGUCUCAUAGUCUUGAUAAGUGGGUGAACUGAGAUAAAUUGGUGUUUCUUACCUUUAAGACACUUUCAGUUUAUCGUAAAUAGACCUCUAUACGGAUGCCUCGAUACUGCCUAGAUAUUUGUUAUUUUGUAGUCUACUUGGUGACUAGCAGUGGAAUCCAGCUUGACGCGCGUUUCGUCCUAUUUGGGACUCGUCAGCUGGAUGUACGUGCAUCCCAGUGAGUGAUGUUUCCUCUGAGACUCGAACCCAGUAUGCAUUCUUUUACUUGUGUCUUUUUUCCUAACAUUCGAUCUUUUUUAUAUUCUGUAUGCAGUUAAAUAAUGAUUUAUCUACCAGAUGGUGAGAAAUAGUCGUAAGUAUUACAGGCUAAUAUUGUUUUCUAGAAAUGAAGACUGUCUUCGAUUCACUGAAUAAGACCAUUACAUAGAAAUAUCAUUUGUAAGGGGGAAAUAAUAAAGAUGUUCAUUAAUAUGUUGAAAAUCACGUACCGAAAUAUUUUACACAAAGUUAAAACAAUUAACUACUACUGAUUCCAUGGUCCCAGUAGUACUUUUUGAUCGAAUUUCAAUGAAAGUUUUAGACAACUUAUGGUUAAGAUCAUGUAGAUUUCUUCUUCUUCUUAUUGAUUACUAUUAUUUGGCGUUUGGGUUCCUAGUGGAACAUAGGGCUUCAGUAGCACGUCACCAUUUCACUCUGUUCUCUACAAUCUUUUGAACCUGGCUCCACGACUGCCCACAGGCUUUCAUUUCUUCCUCACACCAUCUCCUCCGUGUCACACUCGGACACCCAACUCGUCGUCGCUUCCUAUGCGGGUUCCCCUCGAUGACCUGGCCUGACACGUUAUGUCCUCAGUGAAUGCCCAAUUCAAUCCAAUCCAUCUACACUUUCUUCUUCUUCUUCUUCUGCAUAUUUGUUGGAUGAUGGGUUCUUGGUUGGUUCGUUGCAAGCCAGUCAGAGUUGCCCGUUGCUUAUUCUUUCUGGCCAUCCAUCUGAUCUUCAGUAUCGAGUGAGUGUAGGUGGCAACUGUUGAUGUGAUGUAUGUGUGUAGUUUGUUCGAAAUGCUUCACAUAACGCGCCAAGUCUCUCAACCAUCACAUAGAAGCACUGACUUACUUGACUUGACUGACACUGGUGUUGAAAAUCCGGAUGUUGUUCACGCUUUAUGCUGAGUGGAGUGGAGUGCAGUGCAGUAGAUCUCCACACUGAUUUCAGAUUAUUGAAGGAAGGCCUGUCUUUCUAUCUUUCCGAUCCUGGUUUUGACGGAAAGAAGUUUUUUAUAUAUAUUUAUAUAUAUGCACGCAAUGAUCUUGGCUAUUUGCAUGCCUUUCUAGAAGUCGUUUCUUAUUGCUAUUGCCUCUUUUAUCAAUCUAUUGUUUAUAUGUAUGAUCACAGUCGUUUUCUGUCGAAACUUCAUUGCAGAAUGAUUGGUUAUGGAAGGCUUUAGGGCUUCAUACGAGGAUCUGAACAAUCUUAUAGCAAAUUUUAACAAUAACACACAAGUACAAUGUUUCAAGUCGUCAUAUUUCUUGAUGCCGCAGAAAAGGAAAAGCUACCAAAGUAGGAAGAAAUUUGAGUGAUGGGAAAAGUCUGAGCUAAGUCAAGAUUUUAACUUUCUUGGUUUCCCAAUUUCCUUCCUAGUACUUUGCCGAUUGGUCCUCGGAACCCAAAUGUAAAUAUGGUAUCAGUUCUAAAUACAAACAGAAAAUAUUCAACUGCUUAUGUUUACUCAUAUUAUCUACUCAACCUAACGUUUUGAUCCAGUCAGAGUUGUAUAGAAUGGGAAAAUGUUUGAUCAUUAAUUACUCAAACUGUCUGACUGUCAGCGAUAGUGACAGAAUAAAUUAAAACCUUUAUAGCUACGUGGUUUAAUAACCACUCUGCAUAUGUUAGUUUUCGUUUAACUUAUUCGAAUAUGUUCUAUAUGAAAAUAUUUUGUCUUUUUUUCACAGUAUGCAUGUUACGCAAUCGGUAAAGAUGUUCAGGCGAUGAAAGCUGUUGUUGGUGAGGAAGCAUUAAGCGCAGAAGAUUUACUUUAUUUGGAAUUUUUAACGAAAUUUGAGAAAAACUUUAUUUCUCAAGGCGCUUAUGAAAAUCGAAGUAUAUUCGAUUCACUUGAUAUUGGUUGGGAACUGCUGCGUAUAUUCCCGAAGGAAUUGUUGAAACGAAUUCCAGUAAAGGUAUUGGAGAAGUAUUAUCCUCGUUAAACUUUCAACACCCUGAUAUACAAACAAUACGGUAAUAGACAAGAGCUGUGUGGCUAAUUAAACUCGUAGUAUGUUUUCAUUUCUAAUCAUUCCAAAUUGUUUUCUUUCCCAAGUAUUAGUACUAUUAAUACUAUUGUUAUCACUACAAGACUUACAUGAGUACUACUACUGCUGCUACCAUCAUAGUAGUAGUAUUCAAUCAUUAUGAGCUACUUAUUGUGAUUACUACUUGAUUCGUCGACAUGUUUUACAGUUUUCACAUAUUUUUUUCUCUUAUUUCACACUUCUGUGUUGUUGUUUUUUACUUAUUCCCAUUUUCAAAAUGGGUUGAAAGCAUAAUAUUAUACACCUUGACGAAUUGAAGACAAUGAUUUAUUUAAUUUGGGGUAUGGUAAUUUCUACUCCUCCUCCCCCCUUUUCAGCUUGAUUUCAUCUGUAUAUUUCUACAGAGUGUUUUCAAUACUCGAUCACACAUAUUCCAUUCUGUUUAUCAACCGGAUCGCAUAUUUAUAUAUACACCUAUUAGUGCACACAGGAAAGUGGUCUUUGUUUUGAAUAAACAUGUUACUAGUUAUCC